AUGGUCUGCAAGAAAUGCGAAAAGAAAUUGACUGGUGUAGCAGCACCCGAUAAGUGGAAAGAAGGAUCAAAGAAUGCAGUCGCUGGCAAGGGCGAACGCAAGAUUGGACAAAACAAGCUUCUCUCCAAGUCUGCAAAGUUACGAUUUAACCCAUAUGAAGCAAAGUGCAAGAUUUGCAAGAACAAGGUGCAUCAACAACAAGCUCAUUACUGUCAACAUUGUGCAUACAAACGGGGCAUCUGUGCAAUGUGUGGCAAGCAAGUGUUGGAUACAUCUAGUUACAAGCAAUCAUCAAAGUAA